UCUGUCAACCGUGGCUAAUUUGUCACGGUGUUGUGAGGGUACAUUUGUCGGGUAAAGUGGGGUUAUAUUCUAUCAAAAAAAAAACAACAACUCCGAAUCGUCUGUAAAAUGGCUACGGGCCAUGCUAUGCCCGGUUAUGGCGACCCAACAAGGCGAUCAAAGUCUGCGUUUCCGUAUAGCAGUAGGACCGGGUCGCCUGUCCGUGUGACUCCGCCGUCGGUGUCCCAUGAGGAGCUGAGCCGAAUCAAGGAGGAGGCCAGGCUAAUGUGGACGCCGACAGAACGCGCAGAGACUACGUACGGACUUCAUUUUACACAGAAAAGUGUCGCCGUGAAAGCAGUAUGUCGCCCCACUUCACCCACCCGAAGAAACAACCCUCACCCAUCACCAGCAUUUUUGACCAAUCGACUUCAUUAUGUACCAGGGUAUCAUAAUCCGGACACUACAAUGGGGAAAGCCGUGUACAGAAUUGACGCCAGCUUACCGCCUCAAAUGCAGUUGGAGAGGAGGGAGCCUCGUGAGAAGUACAAGGCUCGACCCGCUACCACCAGUAUUAACCAGUACAGACAGAAACAUAAUUUCCGUGAUUUCAUGGAACCGGUAGAAGCUCAGGCCCUGGAUGCCUGGGUGGCGUUAGCGGACGAUAAAGACAAGGAAAAGGUAUUGACAAUGUUCAGCGAUGACGUCCCUGCCAGCCAACGCAAUUUGGACGCAGUUGAGGAGCGUUAUAGGGCGACGACCCCUAGUGCCCGCCAUCCCUUGGCGUCUCUUCACCGAUAUCUGAAACCGGCAGGUGUCGAAGAGGCUUCACACAUAUCACGCAUAAUGGACACGAUUCGCUCAAAUCCGGCCAGACAUUGGCGGCACCCUGGCUCAGUGCAGGCACCGGAAAUGACCGUUUUGCAAAUGAGGGCAGAUGAUAUUGAAGCAAUAAGUGGGGUAAAGACAAAGAGGAAACCAGCCAAGGGAGACUUCCUUAUCCACCCGGAGUGGCCGCCCUAUAUGUAUCAUCAUAGGAUACCGGGGUUCUGAGGUUGCAGUUACGGACUUCCCCCCAUUUGUAGCGUCUGACGGCAUGUGUUUAUGAUUGAGACUAUUAUGACACAGUUAUAGUUUUGUGUAUUGGAGGCAGGAGUUCUGUCCCCUUUGCUCGGUACUGAUAGUAGGUCGGUCUGUGUCGACAUACACAGCGGUAAAACACGUGGGCCAGGUUUGAUACGUGUAUACAUACGUGUAAAUAAAUCAAGUCUCAGGUCCCAAGCUUUAGGGAACUGAUUUUUUUAGUCAUUAAAAUUUAUUUAUUUAUAGCCCUUGCACGGACUACUUUGGCAAUAUUUGACGAAGCCAUUUAGAAGUCGUCAUUGUAGACGAAGUUCUAAAUCUGUCAGAAUCAGAAAACAGUUGCUCAGUGUAAACUCUAAUUGUUCAGUGCUUAGCUGAAUUACUUUAUGUGUUUAGUUAUGAAACCACCAUGUGUUAUUGAAGGAAACUCCAUCUUCCCGCCUAUAAGGAAUUAAUGAGCAUUGAUUGGCUGGCGGGGGAUCCUAGGUUAGAGGCCCUGUUGCAUAUGUACAGUACCAGUAAAUCUGCUAAUCUCACACUGCAGCCAAUGAAAAAGAGCGUCUGUUUCUCUUGUUGUUGAGUAGACCAAUCCAAAUUAGGGUAAGAUUUGUUCUUCCCGAAGGUAACAACAUAUGUAUAUAGCGAAAGAUUUUAAUUCCAAUAGAGAGAUUUUGGUCACAUUGAACAAAAUACCUUGAAAUGUGAAGUAUUGAUUAAUGUGUUCAGUCAGUUUUCGUUUUGUUUGUGGAAGAGGCUAUUUGUUGACGGAUCUUCGAAUUACAAGCACAAGGUAUGUAUUUAUACUCACCAUAGGGUAGAAGUUACCUCCCUUAUUCCGCUUGGCCUCAAAGCUCUUCAACGGUCUUUCACUUCAACCAGUAUUAUGGCAGUCCUAGGAACAAUGAAUUUAAUAUUUGGCAAACAGUCUCAGUAUAUACACAGGGGAAUGAUAUAUACAUACUUUGUAUUUUAUUCAAACUUUUUUCCUUAAAAUGAAAGCAAUCCUUUUACGUAGGCCUAAUAUUGUGCACAAUCAGUGCAAUAUGAGAUGUACUUUGUUGUUAUCCGUGUUUUAUGAGCAACUUUUGUAUUAUUAGAUGUUUGGAUGCAGAGGAGCAUGUACAUAUUGUUAUUUUUUAGCUUCUUAAAAUACAUAUUCAAGAUAUAAUUGCUCUACAAGCGAAUGUUGAUUUUUAUCCACACGGAGUUUUUGUUUUAUUUGUGCUGCACAUCUUGUGUGCGUUUAGGAAAAUUUCACACAUUUUUACAUCGCAUUUUGAGUUUGACAUUGCUAAGGUCUCGUUUAAUACAUGCAAGAAACGACGCGUUGGUAAAGCAUUGUGAAAUUCCUAUCUUUCAUCGUUUCACAAUGAAGUCGACAGUCAUAACCGCUGCCAUAUAGAUGAUGUUCACAUUAACAGUGACCCUCGAGGAAUACACCGUCAAUUUUAUCUUGCUUGACGGUUGGCAUGUAGUUCCGGUGCCGUGGCGACAGUGAUCACAGAAAUAGUCACCAAUUGCGACAGUAGUUAUAUAAUUGCUUUUUGUUACAUCCUGAAUAAAUGGACAAUCAAUCGUAAAAGGUUCCUUGUUACCUUCCAAGCUGACCUGCUUGACCAUUCCCCAAUCCAGAAUGUACAGCAACUUCUCCCAACCCUAUAGAUACAGUUGAGUGAGAAGGUCUACCAGCAACCUGCGAAUGAUCGUGGGUUUUCCCGAACUCUGCCCGGUUUCUCCCCGGUUUCCGCCGUCAUAUAAAUAAAAUAUUCUUGAGUACGGCGUAAAACACCAAUCAAAUAUGACUACGGUUGUCUGUCGCACACUGAGCGAAUCGCCCUUCAUUCUUAUAAGGCUUCUUGUUACCUUCCAUAUCAAUCAUCGCAUCCAUUCUGUGAUCCAGAAUGUGCAGCAACCUCCUCCAACCUUAUAGAUGUGGUUGUGUUUAUUGUCUUUCAUUCAGCAAACCAGAAUCUGUAGCCUAAAUAUCUUACAUGUUGUCAUUUGUCAUAUCUCGAGUAAGUAGGCGUUAAAGUUAUUGAAUGUUAAAUGUGAUGAUAAAGUAUUUUGGUAAUUCUAUACCUGUGACGUCGACGCCCAAAAAUUGCAAUUAUCCUCACUACAUUUUGUUUACCUCAUUUUGCUCAAGCACUAUAGGUGGCGUGUAAUUUGGUACUUUUUAGGCAUUUACAUGAACAGUUAAAAUACUACCUAGCUGACAGUAGGCCAUGCUUAUUAGUGACCAUUUGUGAAUCAUCACAAUGUUGCCGCUGCUCAGGUUUUACGCUUCAUGAUAUAGGCCUUAUUAUAUUAAAUCCUUCAGGCUGUUGUUACUAACAUAUCGACCUCCGCCUCCAUCCAAGACUCAAAAUGUUUAAGCCGUUGUAUAAGUGAAAUAUUCUUGAGUACGACGUAAAACACCAAUCAGAUGAAUAAAUAAAUAAACUUCC